AUGGAAAUUCUUGCUAAAAUUUUGGCUGAGAAGUCUAUGCAUCCUAUGUUUAAGUUCCAUUGGAGAUGUGAGAAGACUAAGAUUAUAAAUCUUUGUUUUGCUGACGAUCUCAUGAUUUUUAGCAAAGGUGAUGUACCUACUGUUAAACUUAUUAUGGAAGGCCUUGAGGAGUUUUCUAACCUUUCGGGCCUUACCCCUAAUCCUAGCAAGAGUAAUAUCUACUUUUCUGGUUGUGAGAUGGGGUUGCGCACCUCUAUCCUUGACAUUGCAAAAUUCAAAGAGGGCACUCUCCCGGUUAAAUAUCUUGGAGUUCCCCUUCUCACAACCAAAUUGAGGGCCACGGAUUGUGCUCCUCUCAUUGACCGAAUCACCAAAAGAGUUAAGAAUUGGACUAACAGAGUCUUGUCUUAUGCGGGGAGGAGCCAGCUCAUCCAAUCCAUCCUUUUUUCUAUGCAAGUUAACUGGUCUUCCUUGUUUAUUCUCCCUAAGAAGGUCAUUAGGGAGAUUGAAAGUAUUCUUAGAGCUUUCCUUUGGUCUGGCAGUGAGCUCAAAACCCAUAGUGCUAUGAUUGCCUGGGAUUCUGUGUGUGUUCCUAAAAAUGAGGGGGGUCUUGGGUUUAAAUCUCUUGGUAUCUGGAAUAGAGCUGCUAUAGCUAAGCAUGUCUGGUUCCUCUUCUCUGGUGGCGAGAAGUCUAUGUGGUGCCAGUGGGUUAAAUCCUAUUUACUCAAGGGUAAAAGCUUUUGGAGGGUCAAAAUUCCCCCUGACCCUUCCUGGGUUUGGAGGAAGUUAUUGUCUCUUAGAGACUGGUUGUCUCCUCUAAUUAACCACCAAGUUGGUUGUGGUGAUUCUACAUUCCUUUGGUAUGACAAUUGGCAUCCUCUUGGUCCUCUAUGGAAAAAGUUUGGGGACAGGAUUUUGUAUGAUUCCUGCCUCAACAGUGAGACCAAAGUCAGUCAAAUCAUCAGUGGUCAUUCUUGGAAGUGGCCUAUCCCUAAUUCUUGGGAAAUUCAGGAGUUGAUCUCAUCUACUCCCGAAUGCUGCAAACCUAACCCUUCUAAGUGUGACCAAGUUACCUGGAAACUCACUACGGAUGGCAAAUGUAACAUGAAGUGGCCUGUUUUGGAUUGGCCUGAUAUUGUUACAUAUGCUACAAAAGAAACCAAGGGUAAUUCUCUUAGGGCUAAUAUUCUUAGCAAUGCUUUCUUGUGCUCUAUCUACCACAUCUGGAUUGAGAGAAAUAAUCGUGUUUUUAACAAAGAAUGUAAGCCUGAAGAGGUGGUUAUUAAAUCUGUAAUCCAGAUGGGUAAGGAAGCUCAAGUCGAGUGGUGUGAGUCUCUAAAUUGUGGGUCGAGUGGUGUGAGAUCCUAUAUUGAGGGCACUGUUACUGAUUUAAUUCAUAGCAGAUGGUAUCUUAUUUGCUGGAGGUACUUAUUCAUGGCUGUUCUUACAGGGUCUACUACAAUGUAUGAGCAGGUCCUGGAUUGUAUGGGUUGGCAGCGGUGUCCAGAUUUUGGGGACUGUAGACCUGUUGUUUCAAAAGAUCUUGGCUUUUCAGAUUUUGGGUUCGCUACAAUGAUGAAGUUCUGUUGGAGUUGCUGGUUUGUUAACAAUCAGACGUGUGGCAGAUUGCGUGGCAGAUGGUACUGUUCUGUGUUGAUGGCUGCUUGUAGCGCCUUUGUGGACACUUGUCUUUCAGCAGUAUAG